AUGCCGGUGCCGUCCCCGCCGCCCACGGCGGAUCGAAACGACCUGUCUAGCUUAGCAUGGCCCGCGACGCUCGACGGGAGCCUGGACGCCGGACACGACCCCGGCUCGACGCUUCUGCCGUUCCCGGGAGCCUCACUGAUGCACAUGGACCUCCCGUUCCCGUCCCUCGACGGCGCCCCGGGCCCCGCUGCCGGCCCCGCGCCCCCCCCUGAUUCCCACACCGCGUUCGACGCUUCGCCGCCGUUCGGCCUCGCGGCAGCCGAGCACCCCGCUCAGGCCCAGCCCGCGCCGCCGCCUCCCCGCAAGAACGCACCCAAGCGUCCGAAGCGGGUCGUCCGAAGCAGCACGAGCGGCUUCCGCUACGUGUACCCGGCCGCGCACCGCGGCCGAUCGUGGUUUUGCAAAAUCUCCGUGUCGGAAGGCAACAUGCCCAUCCGGCGCGGCUUCCCGGACCCGGCGACCGCGGCCGCCGCGGCGGACGACAUCAUCGUUGCCGAGCGCCUCCUCCUGCACUCGGGGGAGCUCCGGGCGCUGAACUUCCCCGAACGGCACCUCCCCGCGCUCCAGAAGAUGGCCGAGGAGGGCGUGCCGCUCGGGCCGCACAACGGCGCCGCGCUCGCCGCCGCCGGGUGCACCCUGCCGCAGGUGCAGGCGGCAGCGCUCGCCGAGCAGGCGCAGGCCGCGGCGCGCGCGCGGACGUCCGGGCGGCCGCGGAACCGCAGCGGAUCGCGCAGCUCGAAUCCGGGGUCCCCGCGGCCGCCGAAGCCCCGCGUGGUGCCGAAGCCGUGCCCGAGCAUGACGACGCGCAACAAGGGCAGCCACACGCCCGGCAGCACGCUGCUGCGCGUGUCCGGCGGCGUGAGCGCGGCGCACAAGGACCGCAGCAAGCCGGCUGCGUCCAGGGACGAGGAGCCGCCGAUCGUCGACCCGGAGCGGCUGGCGCUGGCGCUGCCGAGCAUGGAUGAGGACGCCACGCUGUGGGGGCUGCUGUCCGACCUCCGGAGCUCGGCGCAGCGCGCGACGGAGGCGCUGUCGUCGCUGUUCGACGAGCAGGACCUCGAGCUGGACCAUUCCGGGCAGACGAAGGGCGCGGACGGUGCCGCCGCGACGUGGCCAGUGGAGCGGAGCGCGCAGGGCGGGGAGGCGCUCGAGGGGCUCGAGGGCGCCACGCGCGGCGUGAUCGAGGGCGUGCGCGGGCUCGCUGGCCGGGGCGGCGUCGGCGGGCCGUGCGUGCAGAGCGCAGGAGGCGGGGGUGUUGAUUUCGGAGACCCCUCGGGGGAGGGCCUGGCGGGGGCGGCGGAUGGAGGCGACGGCGGGGGGCGGGCCGGCGCGGCCGGGCUACUGACGGGAAUGGAGUCGCUCGCGGACGACGUCAAGUCGUGCCGGGCGUUCCUCCGCGCCGUGACCCCGUCGUCGAACAACGACAGCGGGUCGCCCGCGGGCGUCGUGCGCGCGCACCCAUGA